GCUACCGGUAAUUAAAAUCAAGAGCUCUACAACAACAAAAACAAUUGCAACACGGAAGGAAACAUCAACAUAAAAAAAUAUAUUCUUUUAUCAAGACGAUAAUUAUAAUAAGUUUUACUUGCUGGAAGUUUCAUUUACAACAAACAUACGUAUUAGUUAAUGAUGAAACCACUAAACAACACAAAUGGCAAAUUCAGGUGGUUAUACUGAGGAACCAGAAAAUUCCACAUCAGAAGAACUAACUGCAUCUUCAAAUUAUUGCACAACAACUGAUAAGGUGGAUUUAGAAUGUGAGGUCACUUUCAACAAGAAAAGGUUAACCAUAGUUUGUAUAUCCGACACACACAGCAAGCUACAGCUAUCCGACUUGUCACGCAUCCCACCAGGGGACAUUCUGCUUCACGCUGGGGACUUCACACUUCGUGGCAGUCUACGGGAAGUUCAUGAAUUCAAUAUCUUGUUAGGCCACUUACCUCACCCAGUGAAGAUAGUGAUAGCAGGCAACCAUGAGGAUUGUUUGGAAGUCCCUUCAGCAUCCUUGAAACUCAGUCGAAGGCUUCAUUUACAGAAGAACUAUGGUGUGAGUGAACCCCAUCAGAUAUUGAGCAACUUUAUAUACCUUGAGGAUCAGUCUGUGAUUGUGUCCGGACUCAAGAUCUACGGAGCACCCUGGUCUCCGUUAUUCUACAGCACUGCAUUCCAGCUGCAAAGAGGGGAAAUGUUAGCAAGGAAGUGGAGAAAAAUACCAGAUGAUGUGGACAUUCUCAUGACACAUUGUCCACCAUAUGGUAUAUGUGACACGAAUAUACAAGGUCAGAACUGUGGUUGUGAAGCGUUACUACAUGAGCUGCAAACAAGACUGAAGCCAAAGUUCCAUGUAUUUGGACAUAUACAUGAAGGGUAUGGUAGAAUGGAACAUGAUGGCACUCAGUAUAUUAACGCUUCAAUGUGCACGAGGAAGUACAAACCUGACAAUCCUCCAGUGGUGUUUGAAAUCGACAAUCCAGCAUACAAACUGCGGGAACGUGUCUCAGUGAAAGGCUUGGCUUCAGCAUCGAAUGGAAUGAAUCAUUGAUUAAAAACCGAUGGAAUAUAGGUUGCAUUUGUGAUACAUAGUGAGAUAACUUGAUCAAAGUGUGAUAUUAUGUUAUAUUGUUGCAAAUAUUUAAUAAGUGUUUCUGAACCUUCAACUAGUCUUAUGUAAAAUAACAUUGUGUCUUCUUUUAGAAAGAUAUUUUGAAAGCAUUGUUUUAACAUUUUUACUUAUAUAUAUAUAUUCUAAUGUUGAUCUUGUUGGUUUUCAUUUAGUAUGGAUGGGUUUAUUUAUGUAUUUUACAUUUUGUCCACAUUUGCUGUCUUUAGACUCUCUUCAAGUGUAUACAUGUAUGUGUUUAUGUUUUAUAUUCUAUUUAUGACCUCUUUCGAAUAAGAGGCCUAUUUUAUUUUAUUAAGCCAGCAUGCUGACAGGGUAUUUUUUCCAUAUGACAGGUUUUAUAUAAGAUUGUAACGUUAAAUGACAUAAUUAAAUACAUAAUAGCCUA